GUGUACGCAAACAUAACUGACCAGCGCGUCGGGAUUUGGUGAAAGUAUUUAACCUCUUUAGGAUUUCCUCAAUAUAUACAUCUUAUGUGGUCAUGAACGUAUGUUGCGAGUAUAAUAAUUUAUUGAUUUACACCGCUUAAUUUAAUUGGUUUCAAGCUGUUGCUGGGGUAUGUUGGAAGAAAAAGACAUGUUCGUUGAACCCUCGGUGGACCGACACAGACCUGCCUCAGGAAAAUCACAAGACAUUUCUCAUGUAUUAGUAAGCGUUUUCAAGGAGGUUUACACUAAGGACAUAAUCGGGGAAGAGGCUCUGUUAUCCAACCUCUUCAAAACAAACGCGGGAAGAAGCAGCUAUCAUGAGAAAUACGUUAAAGAGCUGCGGCAGGCUCGUUUUGAAUAUGAAGAGUGUAUGCAACAGGCUGAGCAGGUGGAAAGUCACAUAAAUCAGGCCAGAGCCCGAGCUGCUGCCAAAGAAAGCCUGGACUAUGAGCGGAUGAAGGCAGAAAUUGAAGUUGUUUGUGAUCAUCAAUCUGCACCGUUCCUAAGUUUAUUUUCAGUCAAAUCCACCUUCUCCUGGUGCGUCGAUGAAGAUCUUCUCAAAAGAAACAACCUGAUCUCCCCUGGGGACUACUUAAAUACACAAAAACCACAAGUACGAGCACCAGCUGCAGUAAAAUCCAGUUUUGCAAAACCCACUAUCACCUAUGCCAUGCACACUUCCCGGGAGCCUCAGGAUGAUGGAUAUACGCUGCUUCCCAGUCCAAAGAAGACUGUUUUGGAAAUGAAUGAGUUGGAUGACAGUCUUACUUUUGAAUCAAGCUCAGAUACAAGUCAAAGGAAGAGAACCCCUGAAGAGACCAAACCCAGGCCAAAGUGGAUGGGCCAGCCAAGCGCAAAGGACCGGGUGGAGGGCUGGGAGAAACUUCAGAGGUUUAAAGGAAGACAAAGCUUCCUGCGCAAUCCACGCUUCCUUCCUCUGAAUACACAGCAGUGUGGAACAUCGCUCAUCUCACCUAAAGGCCGAUGCUCUGCUGAUGAUCCAGUCUUCCAAGCAAAGCCCUCAGUGAUGUUUUUUACUGAAUACAGCGUUGGAAAUGUCUAUGAGUCUAUCCUGGAGCUGAAAAACGUGACUUCCACAAGCCGCCACAUCAGAGUCAUCCCUCCUACCACUCCAUACUUCUCUAUUGGCCUGGGAAGAUUCCCCAGUGAUGGGGGCAUCAUUGCCCCGGGUAUGAGCUGUAAGUACACACUGCGUUUUGCUCCAGACUCCUUGGGGGACUACAAGGAUUUUAUGGUGGUGGAGACCGAAUCUGAGCAUCUAUUUGUGGUGCCCAUCGAGGCACGGAGACCUCCUCCUGUACUUACAUUGCCCAGAGUUGUGGACUGCGGGUACUGUCUGGUCGGAGGGGUGAAGUUUGUUGAGCUCCGGUGCCAAAAUGUUGGACUCAGCACUGGGACAUUUUACAUCAUCCCUAAAGACCAGUGGCCAGCCUCAAAUCUCAGGUCCUUGGCAACAAGUUACUUUUCUGAGCAGCCACCCUUUGCAGUGGGCCCCUGUGUGUUUGUGCUGCAGCCAGGAGAAGCCACUGAUGUGGAGGUUGUUUUCUUUCCAACCGCUGUGGAGAGAUGUUGUCAUCUAUUUACCAUAGUCUGCGACAACUGCCAGGUGAAAGACAUUUCCUUUGAAGGUGAGGGCCAACUGAUUGGACUAGAGCUUUUGUCUGUGUCUGGAGAGAAUGAGCCCCUCAAUGCUGGAGAGGUGCACGACCUCACGGCAGAGCACUUUGUCCGUUUCCCCACAUGCAACCCUCGCUCUGUGCAACAGAAGAGACUCAUCAUCAGAAACAAUGUCCAUUUGGAGCUUCCCUACCAAUGGCAAAUCAUGAAACCAAAUCUACAUCCUCUUCUUCUGAGGGAACCAUUCAAGCCAUCCCAUAUCCAGUUUCAUCCAGACACAAAUGACGUGUACCACAUGAGCCCCACAACAGGCCUCCUGGCUCCCUGUCAGGACCAAGAGUUUCUCCUGACCUUCUGUCCAAAAGAGUUGAAGGAUUAUCACAGUGUCCUUCACUUGGUCCUGAGGGACAUCCCCCUGUUGCCACCAGAGCCCAAUGAGAACAGUGUCCUUCACCCUGUGCAGCCCGGCUCCAAGGUGAGCAGUGUGAUCAUCAUGGAGAUAGAGGUCAAAGGGUCAACAGAGCCGUACCAGAUCCUUCUGGAGCCCUAUGCUGUCAUAAUCCCUGGAGAAAUUUAUAUUUCCACAACCAUUCACAAGCAGUUUAAGAUGUGGAAUCACAGUAAAACUUUCAUCUCGUUUCAAUGGGAGAGGUUGAACAGCAGCUACCAUGAUGUAGAAGUAGAGCCAUCUGCUGGGAGAAUAGAAGAGAAUGAGUGUUUUGAUUUUGAUCUCAUCGUUAGUGGAGGGAAACCAGAGAAGGUUGAAACCUACUUGGUUUGCAACGUAUUGCAUCAGAACGAACCUAUCAAGUUGCAUGUAGAGGUUUCCUUUAAAGGUCCUACAGUAAAGCUCAGCGUUCCCUGUGUGGAGUUUGGGCUUGUGAGGCUUGGGGAACAAGCUCAGACCACACUCAUCCUAACCAAUACCACUCCUGUGGAGGCCAGCUGGACACUUCAGGAGAAGAUAAUUAAAGAUCAGGGUCACAGAGGAAAACAGGUCUUAGUGGAGCCAUGGAGAGGUUUGCUGCCUCCCUCUGCUUCUUGCAGUGUGAAGCUGUACUUCUGCUCAGGUGUCUGCCAGAGGUUUGAAACAGAGCUGAAGCUUACUGUGGAGAAUGGAACUGGGUGUCACGUGUGGAUCAGAGCAGACGUGCAGUGCCCUCAGGUGUGCCUGUUAAGCUGUAAGCUGGUCUUCUCUGAGCUUUACGUCGGAGUUCCCACAAAAGGCAACGUAAUACUUUUCAACCAGACGCUGCUGCCAUCAAACUUUAGCUGGAAGGCACAGCUCCAGGGUAAACAGGCUCCCCUCUGCACAGCCAGCUUUCACCCCUCCUCUGGUGUACUGGGACCUAAUGCAACCAUGGAGAUCACUGUCAGUUUCACUUCUCACACAGAUUCAGAGAUGAUUGAAGCAACUGCUCUUUGUGAGGUGCAGGGCAUGAACUCACCUCUUGUUCUCGGAAUUGUGGCUUCCCAAGCAAAGAAACCUUCUGUGUCCUACUCGCUGCCUGGUGUCUGUAACAGAGGGAAUGAUGACAUUCAUUCGCCACUGAUGCUUGACUUUGGAGAAGAUGUCAUUUUGACGAGAGCAGUGACCAAACAGCUCCUAAUAAGCAAUGAAAGCACUAUGCCUGCAGCUUUUACCAUAAAGGCAGUGUUCUUCACCUGCGAUGUGUCAAUGGCAAACAGACUAGAAAAGAGUUACAGACUCACACAUACAAAGACUCCACUUCACUCUGCACAAGUGAAAAAAGUAGACGCAAAAGCAUAUGAAGAGUUUGUGAGCGGCCUUCUGGCUCAUGGAAAAGGGGCGGCUUUCCUGGUCCGACCAGACUCAGGGCAGCUGGGUCCGUUUGAGACCAGGACGGUGGAUGUGACCGCCUACAACAACAUGUGGGGGGAAUACCGAGAUCACCUCGUAUGCAAGGUUGGAGACCUUGAACCGAUGCUUAUACCCAUGCAGAUGACUGUGAAGGGCUGCCCACUCUACUUCCAAAUGAUAGGCCCACAACCAGAUGACCAGCAUCAGGGACCAAUCAUACACUUUGGCGCUCACUUGUCAGGAGGGGACACAGUUUCUCGACCACUUCGCAUCAAUAACCCAACCAUGUUUGAUAUCCGCGUGGACUGGGAGACCUUUAACAUUGAGGAGAAUGACCAUAAACUGGUGGAUGUUGUGGUGACAUAUGGAGACCACAUCCCACUGAAGGAUGCUGACGGUAAUGAGCUGCUGAGCGGGGCAUUUAGGGAUUAUAGUGGAAACAUUCCAACACCAUUGGAGAAGAAUCAAACACCACCAUCUGAGGUGACAAGCAUGUUCCUUCAAAGUGUGACUGAUGGUGAAGAGAGGGAAUUUGUAACUGAAGAAGAAGAGGAAGGACCUUGUUUCUAUCCUGCAAAGAAAAACCCCAUCUCCGUCCACAUAAGACCUCGCAUAGGCAGCUUAUCAGAUUCCCCAUACUGCAUUACACCGCAACAAAUUGUGAUUCCCGCAAAGGGCAGUGAAACAAUCCAUGUAGCUUUCACCCCCUUGAAUCUCUCGGACUCCCAAUGUGAGUCCAGAUGUGUUGGCGUGGCGCUGGGUUUCAUGAGCCUAGACUGUGAGAAGGCAGUUUGCAUCCCAGGUAAAGUCAGAAGGGAACAAGGUUUGGAUUUACAGCCUGUCAGAUUGGAUCUACAAGCAAGCAUUAAGCCGGCAGUGCUGUUGGUGCAGAUGGAGGAGGACGGCGGGGUGCUGGAGUUUAAUGCCUCCGCCGGUGAUUUACUGAGGGAUGAAUCAGACGAGGAGGUAGUAGUCAGUGAAUUUAGCAUUACACAGAGCUUUCAGCUGAGAAACGUUGCAGAGAUGCCUUUACGUUUCAAACUGGGGACACAGCCUCCAUUUUCAGUUCUAAAGCCUCACUCGCGGGUUCGGACCAGCACCUCCAGCACUCCUUCUGUUGCUCACAAUCAGCCAUUGGUGCUUCACCCUCAACACGACAUGCAGGUGAAAGUGGCCUUUCAUUGUUCUUUGGCACUGCUGGACCUCUCAAACCAAACAGAGGAAGACAUCUCUCUUAGAGUGAGGCUGAUCCAUACUGAAAGUGGUCAGAAGAAGCUGAGAUUCAUGCAAAACCUUCUUAUCCACCACAGCAACAACAGCCUGCAGAAGGUGCCUCUGUGUGCCCAUCUGGAUAUGCCUACCCUCAGUCUCUCCACUGACCACCUUAGCUUUGGGUUUUGUUAUGUUGGACACAUACAGACCAGAGAGAUAAAUCUCCACUGCCAUGGAGCACACACCUACUGGAAAUCACUUAUAAAGUCAGAUGAAGGAGACUCUCGUGUGUUUAAAAUCACACCAGACUUUGGGUUUCUCGGAUCCAAGAAAACUCUCAGGAACUCCUGGAGCCAGUGUCUGCAGAUUAGCUUCACUCCAAGCGAAGACAAAGAGUUCAAGGCUUUGGUGGUAAUCCAGUCUCCCCUAGUGAAGAUGUCCCUCACUCUGCAGCUCCAGGGAACAGGAUCCUUUAAUGAGGUCUACAGAUCCCAGAAUCGUCUGACAACUACCAAAUAAAAUGUUGUUUUGCUAGAAUGUAAAUAAAUGUUUGACACUAA